AUGGGUUUCACGCGUUUACCAAACGAGAUCUUGGAAAUCAUUAUCACCCACGCCCUCCCAGAGGGGUUUGAGAGCCUCGCAUUGACCUGCAAACAUAUCUAUGACCUCUGUGCCCCGCUCGCCGCUCACCACAAAGAAUUGCGCUGGUAUUUCCGGCAGUUUAAAUAUUACAAGACAAAGCACUUGGUCAGAAGUGGAUUACACACGCUUUUAAUUCCUUAUUCUGUUAACUCGGCGUUCAAUCUGAUCGAACACAUCGCCGUCGAGCCGAGUAUAGCCCGUUAUAUUCAAGAGGCGGAUUUCACGCACGACAGUCGAUAUACUCGGACAUACGAUUCUUCCUUCCCGGCCGAAGGUGUUGUCAGACUGCUUGCUGAUUCUCCAUACCUAAAAGAAGCAGGUAUUGACUGGAAGGAUUAUUGGGCCCUCAUUAAAGGGGAUCUCGAAGCCCGUCGCUACUCGCAGUACGCGGCAGCUUUUAUUUUGACCCUUCUGCCCAACCUCAAAGUGCUCAGGCUACCAAAAUGGUGGAAACCAGUCGCUGCAGCCGACAAACUCAUCGAUGCUGUUAUUCACAGAGCUAGACGGCCAAAUUGCAGUCUUCACCGUGUUAUCAAGCUCACAGUUCCCAUCCUUGGAACUAGGUUUGAUCUAUAUUGGGCGAUUCCUUUCCUCGCGCUACCGUGCAUCCGAUCUUUCCAGUGUCCCACAUGCGUAGGUGAAGGUAACGGCCACGAAAGCAGCUCGUCUAGAUACCUACGCAAUGAUUUCAAAUCUUCUCUGGAAGUGGUUGAGAUGACACGCGCAUCUAUCGAUGAAUUGGCCAUUGCGGGCCUCCUAAAACAUGCGCCGGGCCUAAAAAAAUUGAGAUACUCCCAUUCGACAAUAGGUCAUGCCCCUCAGUACUGGAAUCUCUCUCAAUUUGGUACAGCAAUCGCGCAUGCAGUCGGGGACCACCUUAAAGAACUUUCUGUUUCCAUCAAUAUAGACGAACUACGCGGCUCGAUUCCUCCUGGCAAGCUGUCAAUGCGCGGAUUUCAGCAGCUACAGAAGCUCGAACUUCCACUAGAAAUUGUCACCGAGGAAUUUGGUGAUUCUGGGUCACACCUCGAGGACCUUGUACCUGCCUCCGUCUCUCAUCUUUCUUUGAUCGCACGAGGAACCAAUCAUUGCGCGAAAGCUCUCGAUGCCAUAGUUCGUCAAUUUUCUAUCAAGAGAGACUCUCAGGCACCUGCUCUCAAAAUAAUUUACCUGACCUGCCCUCGAAGUGCGGACGAUUCAUACAAGGAGCAGUGUACUAAACUCGCCGCUGAGGCUGAGAAGGCGAGAGUGACUUUGGAGCUAACACCAUGGCCAGAGCCAAUCCCAGCAUGGCAAUGGGGUGCGAAAGAGUUACUAGUCUCUUAG